AGGAAGCUGCAUCAUGCAAAGCCUGCCAGAGCACCGGCCGACCUUCUGCUUUUGUGCACUUUCCGACGCCUGCCGCCCGGUGGAAUGGCUCCGCUCUGGCUCUUGCUUUUGAUCAUCGCCGCGGCCGUUGGCCGGCUCCCGAUCCAAGAUGGCUUCUCCGUGAACAUUUCGGAGGCUCUCCAAAGACAAUGGGAGUGGACGGCGUCCGACGGCGGAAUCCCGCAAGACGAUUCCUUUUUGCUCCGGAGGAGGAGAGAGUCCAGACUUCGAAAUGCUUCCAAAGCUCUGGACGGACCUCCCAAGAACGGCUUCAAAAUGUCAACUCUAAAGAAGCCAACGCAAGAGCUUACCACCGUGACUCAGUCUCCGAGAUCCAGUGUUGUCAAAAAAGCCAAGCUUCCCAAAGAUGGGACCUAUCGUGUGUCCAAAACGUCCUCGGAAAGGCCACCUACUACCAAGGGUGCCCUCACCACGACGGAGCAUUGGUCGUGGCUUCACGACGACUUAUCGUCGGCCCCGGCGGAGACGUUGGGAACGGAGAGCUUCACGAAACCCAGUACUCUCAGGCCUGUCCUCAAAGCCAAAGGAAGGCUCACGACAACCAUCGAUGGGCUAUCGACCAAGCCCGCUGGGAUAACGGGGAUCCAAAACCCGGCGAGACCCCGAUCCAAAAACGGGCCGUCCCCGUACCACACGACAACUAUGCCAUUGAAGAUGUUGAUGGACGACGACGACACCUCCGCCGUAACAACGAGACCGAGCCUCGACCUGGUUCGGACCAGAUUUGGAGACAAGAAGAAACAAAUUAUCACCACUUCCGCCGUAACAACGAGACCGAGCCUCGGACCGAUUCGGACCGGAUUUGGAGACAAGAAGAAACAAGGUAUCACCACUUCCGCCGUAACAACGAGACCGAGCCUCGGACCGAUUCGGACCGGAUUUGGAGACAAGAAGAAACAAGGUAUCACCACUUCCACCGUAACAACGAGACCGAGCCUCGGACCGAUUCGGACCGGAUUUGGAGACAAGAGGAAACAAAGUGUAACCACCUCUGCCGUAACAACGAGACCGAGCCUCGGACCAAUUCGGACUGGAUUUGGAGCAAAGGGAAAACAAGGUAUCACCAUCUCCGCCGUAACAACAAGACCGAGCCUCGGACCGAUUCGGACCAGAUUUGGAGCCACCACGUCCCCCGUUCCUGCCAGCAACGCCAGCAUAGUGCGCAAGUGUCUCUUGGCCAUCUCCCUGCUUGCACUAGUGGCCAGCAUCUUCAUCGUCACGGCGGCGGUGUUGGCGUGUCUUCUUUGGCGCCAGAAGCAGGCCUACCGCCUAAACCGGCACAACCAGACCGAGAUGGUGUGCAUCUCCUCGUUGCUGGCCGCCGAGGAGGCCGAGGAGGGCCGGGCGAAGCGCCCGCGGGUGGAACGGGUGCGGAUGCUGCGGGAGAACGGCACUGAGGCCGAGUCGGACAACCUCACGCUCAACAGCUUCCUCCCGGAUCAUUAACAAAGCCGCCGAAGCCCUUUCCGCUCCGAGGACUGCGUGGCCUUCCCCGUGGUCAGUGACUACUGUAUAUAAGCCGACCCGAAUAUAAGCCAAGGCACCUAAUUUUGCCACAAAAAACUGGGAUAACUUAUUGACUCGAGUAUAAGCCGAGGGUGGGAAAUGCAGCUGUUACGGGUCAAUUUCAAAACAAAAAUAGAUACCAAUAAAAUUUCAUUAAUCGAGGCAUUUUUGAAUAUUUACCGUAUUUCAAAGCAAUAAACUAGCUCUAUAAGUGGAAAAGUAGGGGCAACAAAAACGAUAUGGUCUCAACAAUAACCUAAUAAUAAUAAUAAUAAUAAUAAUAAUAAUAAUAAUAAUAAUAAAACUUCAUUCGGAUCCCACCCUAUCUCCCCAUGGGACUCAGGCUGGCUUCCAACAUAGUAACAGGCAAAUAUUAAAUGCUUAUAUAAACAAUGCAGAGCUAGAUAUAGAUCUAUAAUUAUAGAUACUAAUUUCACAUAUGCAUUUCCCCCUGAAACGUUUGCAAAUCCCUUCUGUGUGUGUGUGCAUUUCCCUUACAAUAUUUGCAAGCCCUAUAUAUAUCUAUCUAUCUAGACAUGUCUAUAUAUAUUUGUGUGUUCAUUUCCCCCCUGUAAUAUUUGCAAGCCCUAUAUAUAGGUAGGUAAGAAUAUAUUCAUAUCUAUCCAGACAUCUCUCUUUAUAUAGAUAAUUAUAUCUAUAUAAAAUUUGCAGAGACUUGCAAACAUAUGAGGGUAAAUUCAUAUGUAAAAAUAAUGUGUAUGUAUGGCUACAGAUACACAGGUACAUGGAUCUAUAUGUAUAAAGGAUUUGCAAAGACCUGCAAACAUAUGAGGGCAAAUUCGUAUAUAAAAUUAAUGUAUAUGUAUGGCUACAGAUACACAGGUACAUGGAUCUAUAUGUAUAAAGGAUUUGCAAAGACCUGCAAACAUAUGAGGGCAAAUUCGUAUAUAAAAUUAAUGUAUAUGUAUGGCUACAGAUACACAGGUACAUGGAUCUAUAUGUAUAAAGGAUUUGCAAAGACCUGCAAACAUAUGAGGGCAAAUUCGUAUAUAAAAUUAAUGUAUAUGUAUGGCUACAGAUACACAGGUACAUGGAUCUAUAUGUAUAAAGGAUUUGCAAAGACCUGCAAACAUAUGAGGGCAAAUUCGUAUAUAAAAUUAAUGUAUAGAUACAGAUACACAGGUACAUGGAUCUAUAUGUAUAAAGGAUUUGCAAAGACCUGCAAACAUAUGAGGGCAAAUUCGUAUAUAAAAUUAAUGUAUAGAUACAGAUACACAGGUACAUGGAUCUAUAUGUAUAAAGGAUUUGCAAAGACCUGCAAACAUAUGAGGGCAAAUUCGUAUAUAAAAUUAAUGUAUAGAUACAGAUACACAGGUACAUGGAUCUAUAUGUAUAAAGGAUUUGCAAAGACCUGCAAACAUAUGAGGACAAAUUCAUAUAUAAAAAUAAUAUGUAUGUAUGGCUACAGAUACACAGGUACAUGGAUCUAUAUGUAUAAAGGAUUUGCAAAGACCUGCAAACAUAUGAGGGCAAAUUCGUAUAUAAAAUUAAUGUAUAGAUACAGAUACACAGGUACAUGGAUCUAUAUGUAUAAAGGAUUUGCAAAGACCUGCGAACAUAUGAGGGCAAAUUCGUAUAUAAAAUUAAUGUAUAGAUACAGAUACACAGGUACAUGGAUCUAUAUGUAUAAAGGAUUUGCAAAGACCUGCGAACAUAUGAGGACAAAUUCGUAUAUAAAAUUAAUGUAUAGAUACAGAUACACAGGUACAUGGAUCUAUCUGUAUAAAGGACUUAAAGAGCCAUUGUCUCUGAUCAUGUCAACACCUUGAAUUUUACUAAAGGUUCAACAGUUAAUUAUUGUCACUGUUAUAUUGUAUAUAACCCACAACACUGUUUUCCAAUAUUUGACUCCAUAAAGCUUUUCUAAAUAAAUCCAAGCAUAAGACAAG